AUGGCGGAAAACGACUUUAUUUCUGAAGGAAGCCGUAAACAACGGGCUUUAAAGUAUCUCUAUGAAUAUGAAACCACGAAAUGAAACUAAAAUUAUCCGAAAGUGGUACCAGAGCUUUCUUUCUGUGGUACUUUUGUUUGAUUCUUGGAGGAAGUAAAGAGAUUCAACGCGAUCGAAAAUGAGUUCUCGUUUCAUGGGAGAAUCGAUUGAGGACUUCAAAGUCCAGGAGCUACUGGGCAAAGGUGGAUUUGCCUGUGUUUAUCGUGCUCUCUGCUUGGCCACUGGACAGGAGGUUGCCAUCAAGAUGAUUGACAAGAAACUCAUGAAAACAUCAGGCAUGGUUGCACGAGUUAUAAAUGAAGUAGAAAUUCAUUGGCAACUCAAACAUCCUUCCAUAGUUGAGCUAUACAACUACUUUGAAGAUGCAAAUUAUGUCUACUUAAUCAUGGAAAUGUGCCACAAUGGAGAAAUCAACCGCUAUCUCAAGAAAACAGGGAGACCAGUGGGUCAAAAUGAAGCUCGUCACAUAAUGACUCAAGUGGUCAAAGGAGUUUUGUAUCUUCACUCGCAUGGCAUUAUUCACCGGGAUCUUUCACUUGGAAAUAUUCUUCUGACCAGGGAAAUGGAUGCAAAAAUUGGUGACUUUGGCCUUGCAGCAAGACUAACAAUGCCCAAUGAAAAACACUACACUAUGUGUGGAACACCAAACUACAUUUCACCUGAAAUAGCAACUAGAGGCCCUCAUGGUCUUGAGUCUGAUGUCUGGUCACUGGGUUGUAUGCUUUAUACUCUGAUUGUUGGAAGUCCUCCAUUUGAUACUGAGGCUGUAAAAAGCACUCUGAACAGAGUAGUCCUGGCUGACUAUGACUUGCCCUGUGAUCUCUCAUCAGAGGCCAAAGAUCUAAUCACUCAGUUACUCAAGAAGAACCCAGGAGACAGGAUCACACUAUCAGGGAUUUUAGAUCAUCCAUUUAUGACACAAGAAAGCUUGCUGAAAUUUUCUUCCAAGAAUCAGCUAUGUCCCCCAAAGCAUGUUGCAGAACAGUCAAUGGACAGUGGAACAGGGACCAUGGCUACAGUAUCCACAGGAUUAGGUAGAUCCUCAAAAUCCAUUCGCAACAACAGUGAGCUUACAAAAGCCACAGGGAUAAAGGGAAAUCCUUGUACUGACACUUUAGCUGAGGGAUCAGAGGACCAUCUGUCUGACAUGUGGCCUCGGCAUGCCAGACACCCACCAUCUCCACCUGUUAGACAGAGAGCGAGUCAUAGUGAAAGUACCGGUGAAUUGAAGACAAGUUCUACAAGAGACCAAAUACGUGGAACAGAAGUGGCUCCUGCCUCAUCCAUUGGCCAAAAACAGAGUGCCACCUCUCCUUCUUGGCUGUCUAAUAUCACUGCUUCCACAUUCGGAAGAAAAAAAUCAAAGGAGGAGUUGAAUACUAGCAAUGGUGAAAAUAGACUUAAAGGAAAAUUCAGGAACUACAAUGCCAGCAAAUAUAGCAGUUCAUUUGGACAGACCCUUGGCGACUUCCUCAAAAAUGCAGCUCAUGGGACAAACACAAGCAGCAGUGGGUUCAGCAGCAGUGGAAAAGACAUGUGUCAUCACGAAAAGGCUCAUCAGUCUAAAACCUCUGAUGUUAACAGCCAUAGUUUAUCAAAAAGGUCCUCUUCCAAUGUCAGUUCUUCAACCCACAUGGACACUGCUCAACAGGACAAAUUAUUUCAACAUCGCCGAAAAGGAAGUGACAGUGUCACAAAAGAUUCUGGGUUAGACUUUUCCCAAGAUUGCUCGAGUGGUAGGUCUGCAACCCAAACAUCUGCUGAACAACGGAAGAGAAACCACAGAUCUAAAUCUGACAUUUCACGAGCUAAGUCCUUGGGAGACAUUGUAGAACCUUUAAAUUCAGAAAGGCUUAGGCCAAUAAGACAGAAGAAAGGAAAUGCAGUUGUCAGCAUCACCGACAAUGGUGAAGUGUGUUUGGAGUUCUUCCAUCAUAAACACGGGGAAGACAGAGUGUUUGAGGUGCUUCGAAUAUCCCAAAAUGGGAUGAAGAUAUGCGUGUAUCAACCCAAUGGCAAGACAGGUGUGCCACUGUCCUUACAACCUCCAUCUCCUCCUGUUGGGUGUGAAUCAUUGAGUUCAUACUUGUUCUCCAAUUUAUCCUCAAAAUAUUGGAAAAAGUACCAGUAUGCCACUAACUUUGUCCAUCUUGUGCGCAAAAAGACACCAAAGGUUACCAUGUAUUCCAAACAUGCAAAGUGCAUGUUGAUGGAAAAUUCUCCUCAUCCAGACUUUGAAGUGUGCUUUUAUAAUGGGGCCAAAAUCCACCAAUCUCAUCAAUGCACACGCAUCAUAGAGCCUGGAGGAGUGUCAUACACUUUAGAGUCUGUUGGUGGAGUGGAAGGUGCUACGCAGGAGAUGAAACCACUGUUAGAACACGCUCAGAAAUGUUAUCAGCAAUGUGUUCAUUUAGAGAGAUUGAUCAGCAAGGAAGAGUUAGACAGCAAUGGGGGACAGUACUUUCCAUUUAUUGUGUGCCGUAGGCCACCAGCAUCCAGGAAGCCACCAAAGGAGAGUAAUGUUCAUUCUGAAGAUCAUAAUUCUACCAGGCGUCCAGACUCCUUUGAAAAUCUUACUGUGACAUCUCCUAGCACCAUAGCACCAGUGUCGACAUCUCUGAUGUCAUUUGAUGGCACCAUUGCCAGCACCAUCCACAAUUCAAGACAGUCUUCAGCAGGGCAAAAUACAAGAGUUGACAACAGGACAGCACCUCAUGGUAGUGAAUUGCAGAGGAUCUCCAAAUCUCAGUGUGGACAAGAAGCAAGAAACCAAGAGAGUGAGCUAACAGAUAGGGGUGUGUCAAGGCAGGACUCAACAUCACAAGUCAUCAAAAGUGUGUUUGUUCAAGGAGUUGGCUGGGCAUCACAGUUGUCCAGUGGGGAGGUUUGGGUGCAGUAUAAUGAUGGCUCCCAGAUGAUCAUUCAGUCAUCUGUGACAAGUAUCAAGUACACAGAUAGUAGUGGAAUGAUAACAAGAUACAAUCACACAGACAGAUUACCAGAACCAAUCAAGGAGAAGCUAUGUCACCUACCUGUCAUUAUAGAGAAUCUCGCAGCUUCCCCCAAGAUUUCAGCGACCCCCAAGAUUUCAGCGAGUAGAUGACAUGUUCAUGAAAGUGAGGCUAGACCUUUAUAUAAGAAAAGAAGAAACACAAUGUGCAGUUAGAAAUUUAACAGAACAGGUUUUAUUUAUAUAUCCUUUAUGAUGGAUUUGUUAAAAAAAAAAAUGUAAAAAUCCAAAUUUUUAAGUCAAGUUUACUGUGACAUAGUAAGGUUAUUAUUAGUUGGAACUGAUCAACAACACUUGUCAAAUUUAUUGUCAAAUAUUACAUUUUUUUUAAAAGUGCUGUAAUCUUGAUUUCUUGCAUUAGCAUCUCAUGCAAGUCUCAACCCUUCAACUCCAGGAAGUGAUUAACAUGUAACUUCUCCCUAUAAUAUUCACACGUUAUCUAGAAAACAGGUAAUGAACUCAAACUUAUCAGGUUAAGGAUUUUAUCUCAACCAAGUUCUUGUAACUAAUUUACAAGGAAAUAUUGAGCAGCUGAAGGGAGAAUUAACAAUCAGAUCAUGGGAGUUAAAGGUUUAAGAUGUUGGUUUUAACAAAAGGAUUUUUCCAAGCAGCUGUGUAAGAGGCAGUGAAGGUGGCGGGUUGCUAAUUAAGUGUUAGGAAAUAUUUUUUUUUAAUAAAAUUUUUAAACCAUCACAUAAAUCUUGAU